GAUUCUGACAAGCUAACGACAUAUACAUAGUACCACAUACGUAGUCUAUUAUAUAUAUUUUAUAACUUUUCGCUCGGUGUCGGAGAAAACACACUAGUUCCGACCUUAUCUACAUUGCACGACGCUGAAGCAUGAGCGGCGAAGGGUCCAUAGACAUCCGCGCAAAGGGUGGCGGUCGCGAGGCCACCGUCUCACUGCGCCAGAACGAGCUGAUUCGGAAUCUGCGCGCCCUUGUGGCCGUGCGCUUCGAACGGGCUAUUUCUCGGAUCAUACUUGUCUUCGCUGGUCAGGUGCUAAACGAUGAGGGGACCAUAGACAGCAAGGGCAUCGUCUCUGGAGUCACUGUACACGUGGUUUGUCGUGCGGAAGUUCCUGGCUGUGCAUCACCGACGUCGAACCCGGUCACUAAGUCCCUGAAGUCUGGCGAUCGCCUUAUGAGGUCGUGGAAAUCAGCCAACAUCGCCUACCUUCACGAUGAGCCCGGUGUGCUUCGAAGCCUGUUGCAGUCCGAUCCGCGCAUCCGGAGCCUUCUCGAGGAGAACGCGACGAUGCGCCACUAUCUAAACAGCGACCAGAACCUGCGCGAGAUGCUCUCGUUGGCCUUUAGUCCGGCCAAACAGGAAUUGGGACGCCGCCGCGACCUCCACAUAUCGCGCAUGGAGUUUGUUCCCGGCGGCUAUAAGGUGCUGAGCCGCCUAAACUAUUGUAUGCUCCAGGCCUACGAGGAUAACGUGGCCAUGUCCUUUCAGCAAGCAUCACAAGGUGAUGAAGAAUGCACGAACCCCCAACGAGGUCGCGAAGUGAAGGACCCGCUUCCAAACCCUUGGCGGCGCUCGUCCAGCACCUCGGACUUAAGGCAAAUGGGCGUUUUUGCCAGACGCAUCCUCGCAGGACGUGCCUCCGUGACCCAAAGUGAAAGUUAUACUAAGGAUAUCCCGGAAGGCCACACGAAGCAGGAUCUAAGCUGUGGUGCAGUAGAAACAGGACCCCAGAUCAAGCGCGGAGACUUUCAUUCGCGGAAUCAGGGUCGAAUUCAGCACUGCUAUCAGGACCAGUUGGAUCAGCUGGUUCAGAUGGGUUACAGAAACCGCAAUCGGAACAAACGCGCCCUGCUAAUCUCUCUGGGCAACGUCGACAGCGCUGUCAGACUACUGGACCACUGGGAUCGGUCUAUGGAAGAAUAAGUUCCAUUCGAAAUACUUUUGUUAUGUUUUGUUUUGGCCAAAAGUCGGUGACUAUAGAUCCCAAUUAAAUCUGCA